UAUGUAUAAGUGUGUGUUUGUGUCUGCGCUUAUGUGUGUUGUUGCGGGAGGAAGAGUUUGAUUGAAUGGAAAAUUUUUUUUUAUCUCUUGAUUGAGAGCAGUCCUUAUAUAAACCCCCGGCUCGAUCAUUUCUCACUUCAAAUCUCUUCCGCUUUAUCUCAGUUCACUUCGGCUGAUUCAAACGCAAUAACAAUGAACGGUUACACCAACGGUCAUACCAGAGAAUAUAAUUUCUUUGAGAAAAAUGAUGUGAAGGAGUUUCUGGACAGUAUCCAUCAGCUGAUCUUAGACAAAGCAUUGAAUGAUGGCACAAAAAACGACCACAGAGUCGUAGAGUUUCUUCAUCCUAAAGAAAUGCUGAACAAACUUCAACUGGACAUUGGAGAAAAAGGCACUAACAAUGAAGUAUUGUUGCAAUUUUGUGAGAAAUUAAUCAACAUGAGUGUAAAGACAGGUAAACCAGGAUUCUAUAACCAACUUUAUGGUUUCGUUGAUCCAUAUGGUUUGGCUGGAUCAUGGAUCACUGACUCGCUCAACACAGCAUUACAUACGUAUGAAGUGUCUCCAGCAUUCACAAUGAUUGAACAUUAUCUUAUUCAAAAAGUGUGCAAAAUGAUUGGAUUCCAAAAUGGUGAUGGCAUGUUUUGUCCAGGUGGGGCAUUUAUGAAUAUAAUGAGCAUCCAUCUAGCUCGCUACCGAAACAAUAAUAAUAUUAAGAAACAGGGCAUGUACAACCAAGAAAGAAUGGUGGUUUUUGCUUCUGAAGGAUGCCAUUAUUCAUCAGUUUUGGCAGUAGGAUUUCUUGGCAUUGGACAGGAAAACCUUAUCAAGGUGAAAACAGACAGCAAAGGGAAAAUGUCAGUCAAACAUCUCCAGAAUGCUGUGGAACUAUCGUUGAAACAGGGUCUCAAUCCAAUAGCUGUUGUUGCUACAGCAGGCACCACAGUUCUGGGAGCCUUUGAUCCUCUCAGUGAAAUAGCAGAUGUUUGUGCUCAACAUAACAUGUGGCUUCAUGUUGAUGCAGCUUGGGGUGGAUUUGUACUUAUGUCCAAAAAACACCGAUACAGGAUGGCAGGUGUGGAAAGGGUUGACUCCUUAGCUUGGAACUUCCACAAGAUGGGAAAUGCUCCCAUGCAAUGUAGUCUACUUGUUGUGAAAGAAAAGGGAAUUCUUGAAAAGUGUAAUUCCACCAAUGUGGAAUAUUUAUUCCAAAGUGACAAAUAUUAUGACAAGACAUUUGACCAAGGAAAUAAAACAAUACAAUGUGGCAAGAAGGUUGAUAACUUUAAACUUUGGUUGAUGUGGAAAGCUCGAGGUGACGCUGGAAUGGCAGCUAAAAUGGACAGAGUGAUGGAAUUAUCUCAGUAUUUGGUUGACCAACUGAGAGCUCAAGAUGAUUUCCGUCUGGUUUUACCUGAAGUGAGUACAACCUACCAUUUACAAACAGUAUAUCCUUCCUGUAAAAAGAUGAAAUUGGUCGCUAUCAUCAUCAUCCUCAUCAUCAUCAUCAUUAUUAUUAUUAUUAUUAUGUUUUUUUUUUCUUCUUUCUUCAAAUUUUUUCCCAUUUCUCGCAGUGUUUUCCGUACACCUAGGGCAGAGAAACGUUGUAUGCAUUCCCAAUUUACACACGCAAAUUCAUAG